AUGACAACUAACGCUGCUCCCGGGGUAAUCGAAGUUCUCACAAAAUGGCACUGGGGUGGGAACUUUGGGCGGACCCGUCCAAUGGAGAGCAUAGAGCAAAAGUACAAUUUCCUUGACACGCUUGUGAGCAGGAAGGGAGCUUUGCGAUUCCUGAUUUAUUCCUCCAAACUGAUAAAUGCACUUCGGGCAGUGAUUGAUUAUUAUCCAGGCCAGGAUCUAUUAGGCGACGUGGUUGAGUUUAACGAGCCAUUCAUCUUUCUCGUUCAUCACUGGGACAAGCUCGAACAAUACAAGACCAACCACCCUCCACAACACACGGCAGAAUACCAGAAAGAAUGCAACGAGCACAUUGACCUCCUUCUCGGGUUGCUCGACAAGUAUGUGGGUCCGGAGGUCAGAAGGGAGAAACACAGACAUGACCAAGGAGUCGCCACAUUUGAGUAUCUCUGGAUGCUUUUCAAGCCAGGCGAGAGGCUAUUUGUCAAGGACCGAGUAUCCAAGACCUUAAACUCUUGUCUUCUAGACAGAAUCAAAGGCGGCGUUGUUGAUCGCAAGGAGAAACCUUACCAUCUUUCAACUUGGGAUAUCAUAAGGAUACUAAGGCAGAGAAGAGCGCACGAGAUGGAAGAACCCUCCAGGAACAAACCGUAG